AUGGGAUUCCAACUAAGGAUUCUUGUGGUUCGAGAGGAUCCAGCUACAGGAGAACCAGGAACGGAGAGCUUUCCCCCCUUUUCCGCCCCAACUCUUUCGAAUGCUGGGUUCUAUGGUCGGUCCGUGACCCCUGGAUACCGAAGGCGUCCUUGGGGUGAUCUCGUAGUUCCUACGGGGUGGAGACGAUGGGGUCGGUCCAUGGAUUUUCCUUCCUUUUGCCGCAUUUCGCUCAAAGGGUUGAAGGGAGAUAGUGCAUCAAGCUGUUCGCAAGGGCCAACUUGA